AGCAGUGACCGCGACCGGCGCCGUGCGACGCGACAUGGCGACUGUCAAAGUGACGGAGCAAAAGGUUAUCUUGUGCGGCGAAUACGGCGUCGGCAAGACGUCUAUAUUCCGGCGCUUCGCCAAUAACACGUUCGUUGCCAGUAAUGAUCGUAAGUCUACCCUGGGCCUCGACAACAUCGAUAAGGAGUACGUUGUUGAGGACAGACGGAUACGCCUACAACUAUACACUGGUGGCAUGGAAAGAGUGGCGUCUGUCACUUCGAGUUAUUACAAAUUCGCGGAGGCCGCCAUUCUGGUGUUCGCCCUGGAUAACUCGACGUCGUUUCACCUGUUGUCCCAACACUUGCUCGACAUAGUCACGUACGCAGAGAACGCAAAGAUAUUCCUCUGCGGAAACAAAAGUGACUUGGAGAGCGUUGCGCCCCAGGUCACGGAUGCGGAGAUGGAGCAAUUCUGCGAACAAUGCCACAAUUUGAUAUCGGGGAUAUACAAAACGUCGUGCAAGACCGGCGAGGGAGUGAACGAGAUGUUCGAGGAUAUAGCGCAGCAUCUGGUCGAAGCUAACCGGUCGAUGGAGCUUCACGAGAUGGACAAGGACCGAUUUAAAAUCUCGUACAUCGACGAGGCGGCUGAUCCCUCGUGCUUGUGUUAACUCGCGAAUUAAUCCCGCGCACGAACACGACAUUUAUGACUCCUGAGAAUCAGUUUUCUCAGGCUCAACGGCGGAUUAUAACGCAAUGUAACGAAAACUGAGCAAAACUUUUUUUUCACCGAGCACUUAUUACAGGUGACUUUCCUAUGAGGGAAGGGCGCGUGUCGUCGAGAGAAGGCACGAUCUCAAGAAGAGUCCACGAGAGAGAGGGAGGGAGAGGGAGGGAGAGAGCGUGAUCUAUACACGUAUACGUAUACGGAUGGUGCGCAACGCAUGAUCACGGUCGGGUCAGGUCUAGAAGGUAGGAUAGCUCAGGCGUUGACGGUGAAGAUCGUUUUCACAUAAACAUUUAUUACGUAUGGAAUUGUACCUUAGCCAGCCCGAACCUAUUAACGUGAUUUACAUGACUGGUAUA